UCAGUCGGUGCCCGUGUUUCGGUCGACGGACGAUCAUGUUGGCGUCAUGCAGACUCUGCUCCUCAGACUUUGGAAAAACAAAUCGGGGAUUGUCGGCGGAUUCUCUGGAGAUGGCAGAGUAGAUCGACCCGCACUUUGAAAAGAAAACCACCGAGCUCUACAAUGACGGUGGGGGGCAUAUUUCUUCUGGUUUUGAUCGCCCUGGUUCUUCCCUGUUCAAGCUUGGAAGGUGAUGUCAGUUCGAGAAACUCUGAAUGUUUGUGUGACGGAGCGUCCUGCAGCAGUGGGGACCGGUGUUUCGGCCAGCAGUGCUUCACCUCCCUCUCCAUACUGAACGGGACUUCGGCCCUUCAGAGGGGCUGCAUUGUGGGUAAUGAGGAAGGGUCCUCGCGAUGCGGAAGCCCGCCAACUCCUGAGUUGGUUGUAGAGUGCUGCUUUGGGGAUCUGUGCAACAUGAACGUCUCCUUGCAGCCACCGUUGAAAGAUAUAGAACUGUCUGCUGGCAGACCGGUCCUCAGAGACCAGGAGUGUGUGUGCGAGGGCGGUGUGUGUGAGCGAGACCGUCGCUGUGCGGGCCAGCAGUGUUUCUCCUCGCUGAAGAUGAUUGACGGGGCGGCCGUCCAACAGAAGGGCUGCCUGAGGGACGACGAGGAGGGCAGAGCCACCUGUGCCAUGCCACCCUCAUCGGCCCAUGUCGUCAAGUGCUGCCAGGGCCAUCUGUGUAACAUGAACGUCACCGCACAAACUCCAGGGAAAGAGGAGCAAGUAAAGCCCGGGAUCAAAGAGGAGCAUGAGUGUGUAUGUGAGGGCAGCUCAUGUGAAAGAGGGAAACGCUGCAAGGGCCAGCAGUGUUUCUCAUCCCUGGCGGUCAGCGCCGGCUCCCUGGUGUACCAGAAAGGCUGCUUCAAGGUCUACGAGCAGAGCACGUUGACCUGCAAGACCCCACCUUCCAGGGACCAGAUUGUGGAGUGCUGCAAUGGGCACCUGUGUAACAUGAACAGCACUGUGGAGCUGCCUGUCAAAGCUGAUGAGCUAUCCAGCUACAGUGUGACCACACUGGUUAUCGUCAUCGUGGCGCCCAUCAUCAUCCUCAUCAUCCUCUCUGCCGUCGCUAUCCUGGUGUUCAGACGCAUCCACAACAACCAAAUGGAGAGACUAACAUCACGAGAUGCAGAAUACGGAACCAUCGAUGGCCUCAUAGCAUCCAACGUGGGGGAGAGCACUCUGGCUGAUCUUCUGGAUCAUUCCUGCACUUCAGGAAGUGGCUCAGGACUCCCUUUCCUCGUUCAGAGAACUGUUGCACGACAAAUCACACUCAAUGAGUGUGUAGGUAAGGGCCGUUACGGUGAAGUGUGGAGGGGUCAGUGGCAGGGAGAGAGUGUCGCCGUCAAAAUCUUCUCCUCCAGAGACGAGAAGUCCUGGUUCAGAGAGACUGAGAUCUACAACACUGUGCUGCUGAGACAUGAGAACAUCCUAGGCUUCAUAGCUUCAGACAUGACCUCGAGGAACUCCAGCACUCAGUUGUGGCUGAUCACACACUUCCAUGAGAUGGGCUCCUUGUACGACUACCUUCAGCUCAGCACCCUCGAUGCAUCCAGCUGCCUCCGCAUGGCCCUCUCCAUCGCUAGCGGCCUAGCACACCUCCAUGUCGAGAUCUUCGGCACGCAGGGCAAACCGGCCAUUGCCCACCGAGACCUCAAGAGCAAAAAUAUAUUGGUUCAAAAGAAUGGACAGUGCUGCAUUGCUGACCUUGGUCUGGCGGUCAUGCAUUUUCAAGACACCAACGAGUUAGAUGUGGGGAACAACCCUAAAGUGGGCACAAAGCGCUACAUGGCCCCUGAAGUGCUCGAUGACUCCAUCCAGAUGGACUGUUUCGAGUCCUACAAGAGAGUGGAUAUCUGGGCCCUGGGCCUCGUCCUGUGGGAGAUCGCCAGGAGGACAGUCAGCAAUGGCAUUGUAGAAGACUACAAGCCACCUUUUCACGACGCUGUCCCAAGUGAUCCCAGUUUUGAGGAUAUGAAGAAGGUUGUGUGUGUGGAUCAGCAGAGGCCCAACAUCCCAAACAGAUGGUUUUCAGACACUACUUUAACCUCGAUGGCUAAACUCAUGAAGGAGUGCUGGUACCAGAAUCCGUCAGCCAGAUUAACAGCGUUACGCAUCAAAAAGACUCUCACAAAGAUUGACAACUCUCUGGACAAAAUCAAAACAGACAUUUGACAUCUGCCCCGAGAAGAAGAGGCGGACAUACGUAAAGGCCUUUGAAGACAACCAGAGGGUGGACCAUCCCUAGAGAAAUCUCACAAGAAAAGAGACUUGAUUGGUUCAGUGCCCUUAUAGUGGCACAAACCUAUAUUUAUUUUAAAACACUUGGUGGGAAACAUUUUGGCAUCCAAAGAUGGCUUACCGGGCAUUUCUGAGACUGCCAAUCGUCAUGGAAAUAGGAAAAUAUAAAAUAAACUAAUGACAUAGGAGCUGGACUGUUUGCAAUGUAAUUCAAGGAAGAAACUGUUACCGGGGCAUUUGAUUAGGCUCACCUUUCUAAGAACCGCAGAUUUUAACACAUUUUUUAGUUCGAAAAAAUGUCAGAACAUAUUAGCAUUUUCACUUUAUCUCUUUAAUGGUACCGCAUUGUUCAUUAUAUUACAAGGGAUUCAUUUGGAAAAGAAAUCAACUUGCAAAUUGAAUCUGCAUAAUUUCUUAAACGGCGAUCACAGCGAGCAGUGUUGUGUUUUACUCUGUGUGUCAUGCAUCUCUGUUUACAAAACUGUCAGAACAAGUUUCUUGUGAUCUCACCAAUCCCGUAACGUUUGGUUGUACAGCUACAUCAAUGGCACUGUUCUUUUCCUGAGAUAUCGUCCAACUAAAGGUACUCCGUUGUAAACCUUUUGUAUAUCACCAUGGAUUUUACAUUUAUUUACCUGUACCUGUUCUAUGUUUUGUUACUUCAGCUUUACAGAUACAAAAUGCUUAAGGAACAAAUAAAAUAUCUGCUAGAUACUGAACUCUAGUCCUCCAGAGGCCUGUAAGUAAGCCUGUAAAUCCUGUAUACUGUCUUAACGCGUGCAUUGUUGUCUUAAUGCGUGCAUUGUCAAGUAAAUGAAGUCAAACUUCAGCCUUUUUUUAUUUCUUUAACAUUUUAUAUUAAUUAGUGAUUUAUAUUAAUUAAAUAGAAAAA